AUGGAACUUUCAGUACUUACAAUCGUUGUUGUCUCUGGGGUACUCGUCGCUCUCUUCCUCCAUUCCCUUACUCAAAAGCGCCGCCGGGAUCCGCGAGAGCCACCCGUGGUUCUACCCAGUAUUCCUAUUAUUGGUCAUGCUGUUGAACUUAUUCGUCAUGGCAUUCCGUACUACACGAAACAAAGUGCCAAACACCCGGAUCUUGUGAUUUACAGCAUGGAUAUGAUCACCAACAGGGCGUACAUUGUAAAUUCCCCAACGUUAGUUGCGGCUGUCCAGCGUAAUCAUCGGAUCAUCUCUUUCGACCCUUUUCUUACCGUUGCUGCCAACCGAAUGGCAGGUAUCGAAGGACAUGGGCUUGAACUGCUCCGAGAAGAACAAAAUGGUGGUCAAGGGCUCAACAACAAGGUGCUACAUUCAAUGCACCCAGCUCUUCUCGGCACUGGACUUGAUCGCAUGAAUGAAAAGAUGAUCAAGUUCCUCAAGACAUCGAUGGAUGAGCUUGCAUCGCGCAGCAACGCUUUUGAUCUCCAUAUGUGGUGUCGUCAUGCCAUUAGCGUUGCCAGCACAGAUGCCGUGUACGGGAAGCUAAACCCUUAUACGGACCGAGAAAUUGUAGACGCGCUUUGGACAUAUGAGUCGAACCUCAGCCCUCUGCUGGUUAAUGUCUUCCCAAGCAUCACUGCCCGUAAUCCGUUGAAAGCAAGAGAGCGGCUGGUAAAUGCCAUCGUCAAGUAUUAUGAAGCAGGCGGUCAGCAUGAUUCUUCAGAACUUGCAUACAGCCGUUGGAAAAUGCAGCACGAUGGUGGCGCAACUACCAAAGACAUCGCCAAGCUGGAAGCUGCCGUGGGGAUCGGUAUCUUAUCGAACACGGUGCCGUCGACGUUCUGGACCAUUUUCGACAUAUUCUCACGUCCAGAAUUGUUGGAUGAGAUUCGAGACGAGGUUCGUGCCAAAGCUUUAAGGGUUAAAGAGGGUAUACACAUUGUGGACCUUGCGGCAAUCAGGAAUGAGUGCAAGCUCCUAGUGUCGUCAUACCAGGAGACGCUGCGAACAAGAUCGAAUAGUGCGACGACGCGCAUUGUGACCAAGGACAUGAUGCUUAACGACGAAUGGGUGCUCAAGCAAGGGUCAGUGUUGCAGAUGCCGGCUCCAACGGUCAAUCGCCACGGGUCGGCGUGGGGAGAUGAGUCAAGCGAGUUCAACCCACGACGUUUCCUCAAGGGAGAGCAGAAAGACGUGAAGAGGGCGACAGCCUUUCUCUCGUUCGGGGCUUCUCCUCACAUCUGCCCGGGUCGACAUUUUGCUACUGGUGAGAUAUUGUCGCUGACAGCCAUGAUGGUCCUCCGCUACAACCUGGCGCCACGAGAUGGCUCGUGGAGGAAACUGAAGCUGAACGCGUGGGCUAUCGCCGCUUCAAUGACGCCACCCGCGGAGAGCUUCGAGGUGACGGUAGAGGAGCGCGAGGAGUAUAAAGGUAAAAAGUGGGAUUUCCAAGUGACGGAAGGACAAGGCAAGUUCGGGUUGGUUGUUGGGUAGAGCGAGAUGCAGACAAUGACAAG